UGCUCCUCGGGCCGCGAGGCUGGUCUAGUCGCUCAGCGGCCGGCGCGGCGCGCAGGUUGGAGCGGCGUCUGGAGAAUGCUUGUCACCAUACUGGAUGGACUGCUGAAAUAUUGAAUUACUUCCAUCUUUUGACCACACUAGGAAAUUGUCCAUGGAGUUGAAAUAUUUAUUGCAGUAAUUUCUGGCCUUACAUAAUCGAGAAUUCUCUUAAUCUGCGAAUGUAUAAGAGUGCAGAAAAGACUUUUGUAGGAUGAAAUAUGAGCAAGCUAUUUGACUCUGAAGAAGAAAAAUGAAAAUGUAUUACCCUUCAGAUUAAAUCAAUAAAGGUUGAAUGCGUUUGGUAACUUGAUGCAUAAAAUUUGCAUGACUCCUCACUCCUUUCUGGAUCUGUCAUUGGAUUUAAGCCAACAUGGCUCACAUCACAAAGGUUAAUGGCUGUGCCUCAGGAAAAACAGAUGAUGUUCUAAAUGGGGGCCACGACAAGGAACAGAAAGAUCCUUAUUUUGUGGAGACACCUUAUGGUUAUCAAUUAGACUUAGAUUUCCUCAAAUACGUGGAUGACAUACAGAAAGGGAACACCAUUAAGAAGUUGAACAUCCAGAAGAAGAGGAAGCCAUCUGCGCCAUGCCCAGAAACCAGGGCCACAGCUGGCCAGCAAGGUGUGUGGACUUCCACUGAAUCCCUCUCAUCCUCCAACAGCGAUGACAGGCAGUGCCCCAACUUCCUCCUAGCCAGAAGCCAAGUUACAUCAACUCCAAUCCAAAGGCCACCUGCCCCUCUGGAGACCUCACCUACUUUUCUUACUGUUCCAGAAAGUCGCCAGCUACCACCACCCUCACCCCAACUCCCAAAGCAUAACCCUCAUGUCACCAAGACACUGAUGGAAACCCGGAGAAGACUGGAACAGGAGAGAGUCACCAUGCAGAUGACACCGUGUGAGUUCCGAAGGCCCAGACUGGCUAGUUUUGGAGGCAUGGGCUCCACAAGCUCUCUCUCCUCCUUUAUGAGUUCUGGAAACCAAAUUCCUGCCAUGCACCAGCUCCAGAAUGGAUACCAAGGCAAUGGGGAUUACAGUGGCUGUGCCCCAGCUGCUGCCACCACUUCCUCCAUGGGCAGCUCCAUCCGCCACAGUCCCCUGAGCUCAGGAAUCUCCACUCCAGUGACAAACGUGAGCCCCAUGCAUCUGCAGCACAUCCGAGAGCAGAUGGCCAUCGCCCUGAAACGACUGAAGGAGCUUGAGGAGCAGGUGCGAACCAUCCCUGUGCUCCAGGUAAAGAUCUCUGUCUUGCAAGAGGAGAAAAGGCAGUUGGCCUCGCAGCUGAAAAAUCAAAGGGCUGCAUCCCAGAACGAUGUCUAUGGUGUGAGGAAAAGGUCCUACAGUGCUGGGAAUGCAUCCCAGUUGGAACAGCUCUCCAGGGUCCGGAGAAGUGGUGGGGAGUUAUACAUUGACUAUGAGGAAGAAGAGAUGGAGAGCGUAGAGGAGAGCACACAGAGGAUAAAGGAGUUCCGGCAGCUCACAGCAGACAUGCAGGCCCUGGAGCAGAAGAUCCAAGACAGCAGCUAUGAGGCUGCCCCAGAACUCAGGGAGAAUGGGGACUGCCGGCCUCCAGAGUGUUGUUCUGUGGCUGUGGGUGGUGAUGAGACUAUGGAUGACAUUGUUGUAUACCACAGGGCUUCCAAGUCCUGUAAGGACGCUGCUGUGGGGACAGUCAUUGAGAUGAGGAAUUCUGGGGUCAGCGUGACAGAGGCCAUGCUUGGAGUGACUACUGAAGCUGACAAAGAAAUUGAACUGCAACAGCAAACCAUAGAAGCCUUAAAAGAAAAAAUCUAUCGCCUGGAAGUACAGCUUAAAGAAACCACCCAUGACCGGGAGAUGACUAAACUCAAACAAGAGCUGCAGGCUGCUGGAUCCAGGAAAAAAGUUGACAAAGCCAUCAUGGCCCAGCCGCUUGUUUUCAGCAAGAUGGUGGAGGCGGUGGUGCACACGAGAGACCAGAUGGCCGGCAAUCAUGUGGACGUGGCUGACACCUGUGUCGGAACCUCCGUGCAGACAAAUAGCAUCGGCAUCUCCUGCCGGCCCAAUUGUCAUCAUAAAGUCGUGGGGCCCGAGCUGCCCAUGAAUUGGUGGAUUGUUAAGGAAAGGGUAGAAAUGCAUGACCGAUGUACUGGGAGGUCUAUGGAGACAUGUGACAAGCAAGUGGGUGUGGAAAUAAGUGUCUGUGAAACAGGCAGCAACACAGAGGAGUCUGUGAAUGACCUCACACUCCUCAAGACCAACCUGAAUCUCAAAGAAGUGCGAUCAAUCGGUUGUGGAGAUUGUUCUGUGGAUGUGACGGUCUGCUCUCCAAAAGAGUACAUCUCCCGGAGUGUGAACACAGAUGCUGCCGGCCAGGUAGAAGCUGCUGUCAUGGCCGUACCUCAUACCAAGAGCCAGCACACCAGUACAGUUUUGGAACAGGUGAACCAAUUCACCAACACUGAGAUGGCUACCCUAAUAGAAUCCUGCACCAAUACUUCCCUAAACACUUCAGACAAGCAGACCAGCACCCAGACUGUGGAGAUGCGAACAGUGGCUAUAGGAGAAGGCCGAGUCAAGGAUGUCAACUCCUCUGUCAAAACUCGGUCCAUUGGGGUUGGAACUGUGCUCUCUGGCAAUUCUGAAUUUGACAGGCCAUCAGCUGUGAAGACCAAAGAGUCAAGUGUGGGGCAGAUCAAUAUUAAUGACAACUAUCUGGUUGGUCUCAAGAUGAGGACCAUAGCUUGUGGGCCUCCCCAGUUGACUGUGGGGCUGACAGCCAGCAGGAGGAGCAUAGGUGUUGGGGAUGACCCAGUAGGAGAGCUGUUGGAGAGCCCCCAGCCCCAGCCCACUUCUGGAAUGAUGGCAGGCUUAGAUCACUACAUUGAACGUGUCCAGAAGCUGCUAGCAGAACAGCAAACACUGCUGGCUGAGAACUAUAGCGAACUGGCAGAAGCGUUUGGGGAACCUCACUCACAGAUUGGCUCCCUCAACUCACAGCUCAUCAGCACCCUAACAUCCAUCAACUCAGUCAUGAAGUCUGCAAGCACCGAAGAGCUGCGGAACCCUGACUUCCAGAAAAUGAAUCUGGGUAAAUUCACAGGCAGUAAUUUGGAAUGUACUUGUAAGUGCGGAGGUCUUCAGUCAGGAAGACCAUUAAGCGCCCAGACAUCCCAGCACGCACCAGAGGUGGGGGCCACAGAAGGGAGGCCCAUCUGCAGCCAGGAUUCCCUCCCAUCUCAGGAAAGCACGGUGACACCAGUGAACCUGACCGACGACCAGAUAGCCUCUGGCCUCUAUGUAUGUACAAAUAAUGAAAGUACACUGAAGUCCAUCAUGAAGAAGAAAGAUGGUAACAAAGAUGCAAAUGGAGCAAAAAAGAAUCUUCAGUUUGUUGGCAUUAAUGGAGGGUAUGAAACUACUUCAAGUGAUGAUUCCAGCUCAGAUGAAAGUUCUUCUUCCGAGUCAGAUGACGAGUGUGAUGUCACUGAGUAUCCUCCUGAGGAAGAGGAGGAGGAAAAGGAUGAAGAAAUGGCAGAAGGGCACCUUGCAGUUAAUACUGAAAGUGUCAAGUCCUCCAAGGUGGAAGAUGAAAUGCAGGUUCAAGAAUGUGAACCUGAGAAGGUGGAAAUCAGAGAGAGGUAUGAAUUAAGUGAGAAGAUGCUGUCUGCAUGCAACUUACUGAAAAAUAAUAUAAAUGACCCCAAAGCUUUGACCAGCAAAGAUAUGAGGUUCUGUCUGAACACCCUCCAGCAUGAGUGGUUCCGCGUGUCCAGUCAGAAGUCAGCCGUGCCAGCCAUGGUUGGGGACUACAUCGCUGCUUUUGAGGCCAUCUCCCCCGAUGUGCUCCGUCACAUCAUCAACAUGGCUGAUGGCAAUGGCAACACGGCCCUUCACUACAGCGUGUCCCAUUCCAACUUUGAGAUUGUGAAGCUGCUCUUGGAUGCUGACGUGUGUAACGUAGAUCACCAGAACAAGGCAGGGUAUACCCCCAUCAUGCUGGCUGCCCUGGCCGCCGUGGAAGCAGAGAAGGACAUGCGUGUUGUGGAGGAACUCUUUGGCUGCGGGGAUGUGAACGCCAAAGCCAGCCAGGCAGGACAGACGGCCCUCAUGUUGGCGGUCAGUCAUGGACGCAUAGAUAUGGUGAAGGGCCUGCUGGCCUGUGGGGCUGAUGUCAACAUCCAGGAUGAUGAGGGCUCCACCGCCCUGAUGUGUGCCAGCGAGCAUGGGCACGUGGAGAUCGUCAAGCUGCUACUGGCCCAGCCGGGCUGCAACGGCCACCUGGAGGACAAUGAUGGCAGCACCGCACUCUCGAUAGCCCUGGAAGCAGGACACAAGGACAUCGCCGUUCUUCUGUAUGCCCACGUCAACUUCGCAAAAGCCCAAUCUCCGGGCACCCCUAGGCUUGGAAGGAAGACAUCUCCUGGUCCCACCCACCGAGGUUCCUUUGAUUGAUUGUGUGCAAAUAGCCAUCCAUUUACAUGCCACCAUUAAGCUGCUAAUUGUUCUGUUGGGGUGACAGAUACUGAAUGUAUUGUACCAGAGCUUACCAGCAAACAGAAGGCAUAAAGCCGAGGGCAGAAGGCUGAAGCUUUCACAGUUGAAGCUGAGCCAUCAGGAGAUUGCCAGCUAGGCACUUGCCACCUCUUUUCUGGCCAUCUUCCCUCUGUAUGGGGCACAUUUGCCCCAGUGUCUCUGUUGCUGUUGAGUCUCUGCUCCGUUAUGUACAGUUGUAGGAAAUUGUAACCCGACCUGGGCAGGCAACUUCUAUUUCUUAUCCACCUCCCCUCCCCGCCCACCACCACUGCAAGAAGUGUCAGGUUCUCAAAGGCAUGGUGUUUUUAAUUUCUUCCAUUAGUAUUUAUAUUUGCUAAAUGUGGAACCAUUGGAAAGCUCUUUGAAAAUUCCAUUCCAGGAUGGUUUUGUUGAUUUUUCUUUUGUCUUUAUUAUUUUAAAGAGUAAGAAAGUUGAGAUGACUUUGAUCAUCAGCAACUUGGGACUGGGCUGGUAGGUUUCUGGUUUAAAAAUAGAAGAUGAAAAAUGGAACUCUCAGAAAGUAUAAAACAUUAAAAAAAGAAAUAUGUUCAGUUGGUUCUAUCUAAAUGGAUGUAUUAUAUGACUUUAUAUAAAAGGUAUCUAUAAAAUUGACACAGUGUUUUCAACUUUUAUAUUCCUUGGUAAUUAUAAACAUGAAGAAUUACAUGUAACAUUACCAUAUUUUUAUUAAUAAUUGCACACUCUGUACCUAGUGAUAAAGGUUGGAUUGUAUUAGAGGAACUGGCUUUAAUUUGCCUCUAGAAAAACAUAAUGUAGUUCUUUCCAUAUUUAUGGAUUCCUUUAUAUCAUGCCACAUUUACUUUGGCUUAUGUGUAUUUAAAUGUUUGAAGUGCCUUAGACUCUUGCCAUAUUUUCAAAAUAAAAUUUCAUUAAGCUGUUUUGCUUGUCCCUGCUUCAUCUCUGACAGCUGUCUGCCCGAUCCUAUUGACUUACAGCAGCAGCAGCAAAGGCUGACGGAUGGAUCGCAUGCAGAGAGCAAGUGCCGGGUCUGCUGGCCUCGGGCUUCAGUGAGAGGAGGCAGCUUCUGACAGCACUAUUCCGUUUCCCCAGCUCUGCUCACGUCAGGAAUCUAAAAUUUAAGACCUUAUUAGGCAAGCAGUUCAGGUAAACUCCAACGGAAGUGGAUGAGUUAACUGUUUCUCAGGCGUAGAAGCACCACUGGUCUUUGAUUCUGAUUUCAGGCAGCUGCUGGGUGACUGGCUGAAACCUGAAAGGAUGAGAAAGAGGAGAUUAAGCCCAACAGACUUUUAAUUUCAGCUUGCUGUUGGGUCAGUAGCACCUGUUUCGAAAUUCUUUUUAAAAAGUAAAGGGAAUUGGGUCCAUCUCAUUACAAUGUGGAAACAUAUUGGCCAAGAUGAAACUAGGUGUGUUGGCACACUUGCUGAUGGUGAAUUCUAAUCCGCUCCAUUUGCCAGAGCCAGGUGCAUUAAGGGAAUAUCAAUGAGGCUUUUCUGAAACCUUUCUUAUCAUCCUUCUUUCAUUCAUUUAUUCAUUAUUGAGCUUAAGAAAGAGGCCAGAGAAUAGAUUUUCCCCACAAGUGUGUCAUUACUUGCAUGAGAAGCCUGGUUCAUGGGCAAGAGGCUUGCAGCUUUUCAAAGGUACUGGGAGUUGCUGAGACAAGCGGUGUUGGCACUUCAGGCCACAUUGGGGUGCAAACAAACACACACCCACACCACACCAGGGCCCUCACUGCCGACAGGCUACUGUCCUCUGUGAACCAUGAAAGUGAGGCCACAGCUACCUGGAAUCAUGAGCCUCUCCUUCCCUCCCAGGACAGAUCUGCUAGCUCAGGGACUGGGGCUAAAUUUCAGUUCAGAUAAUUAUUCAAGCCCAAGUUCCUUCAGGUCUGAAAUAGCACAAUAAAUUAAAGCAGAGGAGUGUUUGUUUUUGAAGAAAAGUGACCCUUGAGUUUUCUGUCCUUUAAUGGCAUGACAUGCUUUUUGAGCAAGGAGGGCUGUCUCUCAGGUGGCUUGUGUCCCUGGGAAUUUUCUUUGUUCCAUUUUAAAAAGGGAGGCACUAAUAUUGUCAGUGCGUGAGAAAACAAUCCCAUUUCUCCAUGCUGCAUUUCAGGUAUCUUGUGCUAAAUUUGAACAAAGAAAACAAGUGUUUGUUGUAUCAUGGAAUGAUCUUAGUAAGUCUGUAACUUCUGGGUAACUAACCUGGCUUGUGCCUUGUUUGCUCUACUAACCCUGGACACUUAAAAUGCUUUUUAUCUUGGGAUUUUGGCACACUAUAUAAAGCAGUUUGAGUCUCCCCAAUGGCACAGCUGUGAGUUAUUGAGGCACAAUUCCAUAAAGGGAUUUGUGUCAGGAUGCUUGGGUGCGGCCCCCAAGUGAGGCCAGCAAAGGAUUGAAGACUUGUGAUUUGAUUUUCUGAUUUAAAUGAAUAGAAGGCUAAACCUUUUCUAGAUACUCUUGCCCUGAAAAUUUACGAGCUAGAGACCAGAACACUUCCCCCCCUCCCUGCCAUCAAAAGGAAUGGAACCAUGGAAACUUUGAGACUUGCAUGUUAAGAGAGUAAAACUGACAACUUGUCCUGAUACCAUUAGGAUGAAACGGACUAAACACAUUACUUACCACAGGGAAGUACGUUGCUUCUGGAGAAUGUUCCAGGGAGCAUGCUAUCUAGUGCUGGUCCGCAAAAUAAAUGAAGUGUUGAACUUUUACCUGUAAGCUAUUGAUGCUCUAAUAACAACAAUUUUAUCCCUGACUUCCAUCGUACUGCAGAUACGUGAUAAUGCUGGGAAAUAGAAUCAGGUAAGGAAACUGCUGUUUUUCCCUCAAAGAAAACAAUGAGCACAUUCACCAUAACAACUUUAAGCUCAAAUGUGUCCUUUUGAUGAGGGACUCUAAUAAGUAGAAGUAUUUUUAUUUUGGGCAUAGUUUUGUAAGUGCUUUCCCCUUGACAGCAUGCAAUAAGAAUUGAGGGGGAGCCUGUGAACGUGCAGUUGGGGCCCACCCUGAGAACUGAGCACUUUACGUCUGCGAAUCCGCCACCUUAACAAGCACCCCAGGUAUUUCCAAUGUGACCAUAAUUUAUUACACCCUAAUUAUAAGACGCUGCUCAAACAUUCUUUUCCACACAGUUUGGGUGGUGUAGGGAGGGCUAUAACAAAACAAAAACAUUACAGUUAGCAUAAGGAACUAUAUAAUAUAGUCUUUGUGUGGCAUCUGCCCAUGUUCAGUGGCAUCUCUGGAUCUUCUGGAGUCAUUUCUAGAAGGCCAGAGACUGUGGCUGCCACGGAUCCCCGGGGGUCAGGGGAGGGGUGGCUCAGUACAUGAAUGAAUGUGAUUGAGCAGACAGACAACUCUUGGAAUAUUUUCCUAAACUAAUCUUUUCCAUCCCCACUUCCUCAUGAAGCAGCACUCUCACUGCCCAGGAAGAAGGCCGUGACCUGUUGCUUUGGAUUUGAAAUAAAGACUGUUUUCUGUUUUCUUUUUUACUGAAAGCACAAUUCUUUUUAAGCCCUGGACCUCAGCCAGAGACUGUUUAAUUCUACUUUCUGCCACAAGGAAAUU